AUGUCAAACGAUCAUAUCGCGUUGACGUUCGAUGAUGGUCCUUACAACUUUACCUGGCAUCUUUUAGACGUCCUCGCCAGUUACAAUGCAAAGGCAACCUUUUUCAUCACCGGAAAUAACCUCGGGAAAGGCCAGAUAGACGUUGAGGAAACUGGCUAUCCAGCACUAAUUCGCAGAAUGCAUGCCGACGGCCACCAAAUAGCGAGCCAUACCUGGACACACCAGAAUCUGACCGAGAUGAGCGAGGAACACAUGAUCAACCAGAUGCAUUACAACGAGAUGGCUUUCAGGAACAUACUUGGUUUCUUUCCAAUGUAUAUGCGUCCACCGUACUCGGAAUGCAAUACCACCUGCCAAGCCAUUAUGAAGAAGAUGGGAUACCACAUCACCCUCUAUACACUUGUCACGCACGACUACUUGUAUGAUGAUCCGACGCUCAUUCAGAUGGCAAAAGACAGCUUCGUCGACCAGAUGGAGCAGGCGAAGAAUCUCUCGAUCAACACAGUUGCGAUCAAUCACGACAUCCUCUACCAAACAGCCUACAAUCUGACUAAUUACAUGCUCGACUAUAUGAAGUUCCUUAAUUAUGGCACGUCCGUGACCGUGGGAGAGUGCUUGGGCGAUCCACCCGAGAACUGGUAUCGAUCUGCUGGAGGAGCUCCUCCAGCGUCUGCAUUGGUAAGUCUGGAGUACUUUGUGAUGGUUCUCAGUUUACUAAGCACGCAUAAUUUAGAAAUCUCUCAACAGCACAUCUUUGGCAAUGUUUACUUAUCCUUCACUCUACCCUCUGCUUGCCGCGCUGUGGAUGAUUCACGGACUGAGCCUGUUCUUAUGAAUCGUUACAGUGGAGUGAGGACAGUGACGGUGGAGAUAGCUAAAUAA